CCUCCAGGGUCGGUGCCGCCGUGGCUCCAGGGCACUCUGGUGCGGAAUGGACCCGGACUUUUCUCAGUGGGAAACUCCGAGUACAACCACUGGUUUGACGGCCUGUCRCUGAUCCACAGCUUCACCUUCCACAACGGGGAGGUGACAUACCGGAGCAAAUACCUGAAGAGCGAAACCUACAAGAGUAACACGAAGGCCGAUCGGAUCGUCGUGUCCGAGUUCGGCACCAUGGUUUACCCCGACCCCUGCAAGAACAUCUUCGCCAGGACAAUGACGCAUUUCCGCAACAUUGUCCCCAAUUUCACGGACAACAACCUCAUCAACAUCAUCCGCUACGGUCAGGAUUACUACGCUUCCUCUGAGGUCAACUAUAUCAACCAGAUCGAUCCGUUGACCCUGGAGACGGUGGGCCGGGCCAACUACAGGAACCACAUCGCCCUGAACCUGGCAACCGCUCACCCUCACUACGACAAGGACGGCAACACCUUCAACAUGGGAACCGCCAUCAUCGGCCUCGGACGGCCCAAGUACAUCAUCUUCAAAGUGCCAGCAAACGCCUCAGAUAAAGACCCCAAGAAGCCGGCACUGAGAAAGGUUCAGCAGAUCUGUUCAGUCCCUUUCCGAUCCGCUCUGUAUCCGAGUUACUUCCACAGCUUCGGCAUGACAGAGAACUACAUCGUGUUCGUGGAGCAAUCCUUCAAACUGGACAUAGUGAAACUGGCAACCGCCUACUUCAGAGGCGUCAACUGGGGGAGUUGCCUCAAAUUUGAUGAGAAAGACAGUUCUGCUGUUGACCUGAGGGAGGAAGUUUUGGAAUGA